AGGAGUCACAGGGCGCGAAACGGAAAGACUACAUCUCCCAAGCCGCCACGCUUUCCAGCUGGAGUCUAGGGAGCUGACUGCUCCCCAGUUUCCGUAGGGAAGCGCCGGGCUACCGCAGCUAUUGUGCGUCGCGCUGUUGCCCUCCUCUUCCCGUUCGGGCGUCUUUGGAGGAAGGCUACGUUUCAUUGUCGCCCGGCUUAACACCUCUGGCGCUUAGCAGGACAACAGGCCGCUCCCUCGGACCAGGAAGAACUUUAGGAGACGGCAGAUUCUGGUAAAGAGACCCUAGGGUGCAAGUAAGAUACAGUUUAAGGAACCCGAGUAUCCUGCCUCGGUACGUGGGCUUCGCCCGGGAAGGGCGGAGGCGCUGGCUUUAAGAAGGGGGAGGGGACUGCACUCCGGGUUACCCGCGGAGCUCGGCAAAGGAAAUUUUCUGCUGGCUCGGCAGCUGGGAGCAAGGAGAGGCACCUCCCACCCUCAGUGCUCACCCCCGCCUACACCCUGGGCGGGCCGAAGUGUCACGUUUGCAGUUGCUCGGGAAGGAUCCGGCCGCUCUCUGGAGGAGAGACGAGUUGGUUUCUGCUGCCUGUCAGGGGAGCGAUGACUAGGGGUCAUGUUGCUUGUUAAGCAGCACCCCGCCGGGCUCCAACUGCGUUAGUUAGCUCUCCCCGUCACCUGAAGCAAUCGCCGGGCCGCCCGUUUCCGGUACAGACCAGCCAGCUGUCCCCAGGAAUCUCUUCUGAACAGAACCAUGGGGCAUCCCCCGCUGGAGUUCAGCGACUGCUACCUGGACAGUCCUGAUUUCCGCGAGAGGCUCAAGUGUUAUGAGCAGGAACUGGAGAGGACCAAUAAAUUCAUCAAAGAUGUGAUCAAAGAUGGCAACGCGCUUAUCAGCGCAAUGAGAAAUUAUUCCUCUGCUGUUCAGAAAUUUUCUCAGACAUUGCAGUCCUUUCAGUUUGAUUUCAUUGGAGAUACUCUGACUGAUGACGAGAUUAACAUUGCUGAAUCCUUCAAAGAAUUUGCUGAAUUGCUCAACGAAGUAGAAAAUGAGAGAAUGAUGAUGGUACACAAUGCUAGUGAUUUGCUGAUCAAACCCCUGGAAAAUUUCCGGAAGGAACAAAUAGGCUUCACAAAGGAGCGGAAAAAGAAAUUUGAAAAGGAUGGAGAGAGGUUUUACUCCUUGCUGGAUCGGCACUUACAUCUGUCUUCCAAAAAGAAAGAAUCUCAGUUACAAGAGGCAGACCUCCAGGUGGACAAGGAGAGGCACAAUUUCUUUGAGUCAUCCCUUGAUUAUGUUUAUCAAAUCCAGGAAGUUCAAGAGUCUAAGAAGUUCAAUAUUGUGGAACCAGUCUUGGCCUUUCUUCAUAGCCUCUUCAUUUCCAACAGCUUGACUGUGGAACUAACACAGGAUUUCCUCCCAUAUAAACAACAGCUUCAGCUCAGUUUACAGAAUACAAGAAAUCAUUUCUCCAGUACCCGAGAAGAGAUGGAAGAACUUAAGAAAAGGAUGAAAGAAGCUCCACAGACAUGCAAACUUCCAGGACAGCCAACCAUCGAAGGCUAUCUCUAUACGCAAGAGAAAUGGGCUUUGGGAAUAUCCUGGGUGAAAUACUACUGCCAAUAUGAGAAAGAGACCAAAACGCUCACUAUGACGCCUAUGGAUCAGAAGCCAGGUGCUAAGCAGCAGGGGCCCUUGGACUUAACGCUGAAGUACUGUGUGAGAAGGAAGACGGAGUCUAUUGAUAAGAGAUUCUGUUUCGAUAUAGAAACAAAUGAAAGACCAGGAACCAUCACUCUGCAAGCUCUUUCAGAAGCUAACAGAAGACUAUGGAUGGAGGCUAUGGAUGGGAAAGAACCUAUCUACCACAGCCCUAUAACAAAACAGGAAGAAAUGGAACUGAAUGAAGUGGGGUUCAAGUUUGUUAGGAAGUGCAUCAAUAUAAUUGAGACCAAAGGAAUCAAGACAGAGGGAUUGUACCGUACCGUGGGCAGCAAUAUUCAGGUUCAGAAGCUGCUGAAUGCCUUUUUUGAUCCAAAAUGCCCAGGAGAUGUUGAUUUUCAUAAUAGUGACUGGGACAUUAAGACAAUCACCAGCUCCUUGAAAUUCUACCUCAGGAAUCUUUCUGAACCUGUCAUGACCUAUAGACUUCACAAAGAGCUGGUCUCUGCUGCCAAGUCUGACAACCUGGAUUAUCGAUUGGGAGCUAUUCACUCCCUGGUAUAUAAGCUACCAGAAAAGAACCGAGAGAUGCUGGAACUUCUUAUAAGACACUUGGUCAAUGUGUGUGAACACAGCAAGGAGAAUCUUAUGACCCCCUCUAACAUGGGGGUGAUCUUUGGGCCCACUCUCAUGAGAGCUCAGGAGGACACUGUGGCUGCAAUGAUGAACAUCAAAUUCCAGAAUAUUGUGGUGGAAAUCCUAAUUGAGCACUUUGUCAAGAUCUAUUCAGGUCCACCUGAGGAAAGUACUGCACCGCCAGUGCCUCCACCUCGAGUAACAGCAAGAAGACACAAACCAAUUACAAUUUCAAAGCGCUUGCUGAGGGAAAGGACAGUUGUCUAUACUUCUUCCCUGGAUGAAAGUGAAGAUGAAAUUCAACAUAGAACACCCAAUGGUACUAUCAUCAGCAGCAUAGAAUCCCCCAAGCCACCACAAUACCCCAAAAUGCCUAUGCAAAAAAGUGUGGAAGCAGAUCCUGAGAGGAAGUCCCCAAGCAGGCUUGUUUCAGAUGUCAAGCUGGAGUCCUGCCUCGAGGUGGAUGUGGGGAAGUUGGUGUCUAGGCUGCAGGAUGGAGGGACCAAGGCCAUACCAAAGGCCAGCAAUGGACCUGUGCCAGGCCCUGGGACCACUAAGGCCCCUUCUUUCCACAUAAAGAGAUCAGCACCUCGGCCCCUGGCUCACCACAAGGAGGGAGACUCUGACAAUUUCAGCAAAGUGCGGCCUCCAGGAGAAAAGCCAACCAUCAUCCGACCCCCAGUGAGGCCUCCAGACCCUCCCUGCCGGGCAACUACUACCCAGAAACCAGAACCAAAGCCAGAUGUUAUGGCUGGCAAUGCAGGGGAAAUCCCAUCAUCCGUAGCAGUUCAUGGGACUUGGUUGGCUUCUGUUUGCAGAGUGGCUUCCAGGACCAGAUUCUUUGAAACAGCUUCCCGGAAAACAGGAAGUUCUCAAGGCAGACUUCCUGGAGAUGAGAGUUGAGGCCUCAGGUUGUAAAAUCCUUGGCCUCAGGGGACCCUUUCCAGGUUCUAGAAGGGUCUUCUUCAAAUCCUUGUGUGCUGAAGAGCAGAUUCUUCCUGUCCCUGCACCUUCAGGCUCUGGGAGGCUAUAAAAUAAGGGGCACAUGUCCUAUACACAAGUUUAUUUCUCCUUUGUAUUCUGUCUUCAUUCCCCUAGAAGGUCUAUCUUGAGCUCCUAUAAGACUAUGAAUGGCUGAACUCCCUCAAGCCAGACUGCAGAAAUCAAGCUAUCCACUGACCUGAGUUGAAGAAAGGAGCUCAGUUUUCAACUGUUCUCUGAACUUCCUGCCUCCUCAAAAGGCCAUCUAUCUCUGAAAGAUUUGGGGCUAAAGAUCUUAGAAGUCUUACCCUGAACUAAAAGUUACUUGAGUUGGGGCCAUUGCUUACCUUGGAAGUAGGGGAGUAGGAAUACUUGCUGAACUUCGGAGGCUCUUACCAUGUCUCUUACUGAAGAUAUGGACCCUAGUGCCAGUUUGGAGCUCUGGCAUGGUACUACAUUGCCAAGAAUGCAUCUGCUCCUAUGGGCCAGACAGAAUGAGUGACGCUUCUACAAUCCCUCCAAUGUGGACUCAGGAAGGUGGCCUUCCUGCUUUUGCAUACAGCCACUUAGAACAAAUCUGCAAAGCAUGUUUUGCAUGUCAAAGCCUAUGUCUGUUUGAAUUAUUCUUCUUCCUGCUUUGUCCUAACAGCUUCCUUUCCAAGCAAUCAGAAAGAAACAAAAGCUUAAAACAGUUCUUUUUUUUUUUUAAAGGCAGACUGUGUGUGUUCUGUAGGAGUUCCAUUUUGGGAUCAAAUGCUGGGGAAAAUUGUUAAAAUGGAUAAAAAGGCCAGGUAGUUGUCACUGUUGUUUCAUGUUUGCUUUUUGAAGAUAAGCUCUUUUAUCAUCUGAAAGAAACAGUUCUUAACCCAGUAUCUAUGGACUCAGGAACUUCAUAAAGCCUCUGAAAUGGUAUGCAGACUUCCACAACAAUGUGCCUUUUCUGAGGAAAUGGUCCAUAACAUUUUAGUGAAUUUCAAAUUGGACCUGUGACAUAAUAAAGAUUAAGAACCACAGCCCUUGAGACAAAAUUUUGACUCUUUUUACAAUUCCUAAAAUAAUUGAUUAGAAAGGGCUUUCAGUAUUAUUUAGUCAAACUGCUUAGUUUACUGUUGGGGAAACUGAGGUAGAGCAAGUUAGCAGCUGUGCCUAAACAAGAUCCAAUAUCCCUACUCAAGGUUCUUUCAAUUAUACCAUGCUUAUCAAACAAAGGGCCUCAUGACUGGUAGCUUUAGGGGCCACCAUUUUGAGAGUUUGACUUUUACCCUCUUUCUUGAGCCACAUAUACUUGCCACCAAGUGGGACUUCCAGAACUAAGCUCCUGGUCUUCCUCAUUUGAUGUUUCAAUCAUUGGAAAGGAACUAAAACACAAUUAAUUAGUGAAUUGAGUCAGAAAUCUGACAAGUAGACAUUUCUGAUUCCUAUUUGUUGAAGAGAAGCUGCCGGAAAAAGUGUCACCACUUGUUUCCACACAGGUGCCUUGAUUUAAGGGUUGGUUUUAAGAUAGCCUGUCUUUAGGAUCUGUGUAAUUAUUGGGUUGGCCAAAAAUUCAUUCAGGUUUUUCCAUAUGAUGGUACAGAAAAACCCAAAUGAACUUUUUGACCAACCCAAUAUAAUGUGGUCCAGUGUGAGAGAAAGGACUUUCCUAUUGGACUCUUCUAGCAAGGCCCUGCUAGUGCACUUACUAUAGUACCAAGAAGAAGCAUAGACAUGGGGAAAAGAGGAGGCGAGAGGAGAUGAUGAGAAGAGAAUGCAUGCAUGCAGUAACCAACUCUGAGAUGCCUUUGGAACAGUGUUACUGAAAGGCAAUAGCUACUUUCAAGAUUUAACUCUAAAUAUGGCUUAUUGAUGAGUUAGUGACAUGUUAUCUGACAUAAACACACUGAGAGCCUUUGUGGAAGUAAUUUAGUAGAAAUCUGACAACAUUCUUAAUGAACGUGUAACCAAGUGGCCAUGUUGAACUCUCAGCUCUACCUAGUCUCAAAGGCCAAGUUGCUAAGAAACCAGAAGCAAGUAAGCCAAGUGGCCACCAUUCUACCUGCUGCUCACCCCCAAACAGAAUCUCUGUGAGGCCUGGUGGACUCAGUCAGGAAAUACUCAUUGAGCCCUAAUCUCAGAGCUGCGGACUCUCUGCUCUGUCCCAUUGGAUGACUAACUAAACCAAGCAGGUAUGCAGAUUUUAGCCACAGAAGCAGUGUCCAUUCGAGCCUUGGUACUUUUGAAGAUAUUAGAGACAUGGUUUCACUGUGGCUUCCUUGGGGGGAAAUUCCACAAUCAAUUUGUAUUCCACCACAAAUUUUGAGAGAUUAUUAAGAACCAGAGAAAGUGAAAGUCACUCAGUUGUGUCCAACUCUUUGCGACCCCGUGGACUGUACAGUCCAUGGAAUUCUCCAGGCCAGAAUACUAGAAUGGGUAGCCUUUCCCUUCUCCAGGGGAUCUUCCCAACCCAGGGAUUGAACCCAGGUCUCCUGCAUUGCAAGCGGAUUCUUUACCAGCUGAGCCACAAGGGAAGCCCGAGAACCAGAGAAAGAUACCACAAUUCCAGUGGAAUAUGUGUCCCAAAAAUGUGGCUGUGAGAUUGCUAUGUGUUUCCUGGGACACAGAUCAAGAACCUGGUCUAAAGAGUUGGGACCACCAGUCUGGCUGAAAGCCAAGAGCAGUUACUGUUCCUGCCCUGGGCUAUACUCUAGAAUUACAAAGAAUGAACCUCUGUUCCUGCCCUGGGCUAUACUCAAAGAAUUACAAAGAAUGAACCUCAGCAUCUACCCUUUUGUUCUUUGAUUUAAAGAGAAAAAGCUUCUGUGAAAUGAGAUUGACUUGACUUGGGAUUGAUGGAUAGUCAUUCAGAAGAGGCUAUGGCAAGGGGUUGAUAAUUGAAGUGUGUCAACUAUAGGAAAUUAUCUGCAUACCUUAGUCAGCAGGCUAGAGAAACUGGCAAUGGAUGAACUGUAAAUCUUGAACUGACAGUGAUAGCAUUUAUUAAGCACCUACUAAGUGCUAGGUGCUUCAUAUAUAUUAAAUCCUUUAGUCCCUACAACAAUCAUACAAGUGGGUGCUAUCCUCAUCUUACAGAUAAAGGAUUUAUGGCCCAGCAGGCUAAAAUAACUGGCACAAGGCCACACAAGUAAACAGAACUGUUAUUCUAAUCCAGGUCUCUCUGAUUUUGCAUCCCAUGUUGUUUUCCUUUUGUAAUAUAAAGGCCAUAUUACUGGAGCUGACAUGACUCUCUGACUCUUGCCUGAUUAACAAAAUAUUAAAAGGCAAGCAUUUGAGGGGAAGGAGGGAAUGCAGGUCCAAUUUACUGGGGAAGAAAAAACUGGGCUGAAAGCGAUUUCUGUUAUGUUUCCUCCUCCCAUUCAGUAUGACCAUUUGUUAAGGUUUUAAAAAGGAUCAUUUACUUUUACCUUGUGACACGAAGGAUUCAUUUUUUGUUGGUAGUUGUCAAAUCCUUGGCUUAGCUGCUUUUCAAAGAAAAAAAGGCCCUUCUGUAUGUCUGUUACUUCCCCAAAGUUCUAGCAUGUGCAGUGUCACCCUGAGACUGGUAGCAUCCACACAUGUAGUUUGAGAAGAUGAAACGAUCUUGGUGCUGCUGCAAUACUUGAUGCCUUGGGAUCAAGUCCCUAUUAAGGGUUUUCUGUGAUGACAGCAAAAGUUAAGAGAUGAUUUAGAAUAAAAAAUAUUAUUGAAUUUUUUGUUUAAAAAAUAUGAGGGAUAUUGUCCAGCCACUGAGGGGCAAAAUUCAGCAUCCAAGUUGAGUAAUAAGUGAUGUCAUGUAGACUAUUUCUAAAAUAAGUUGCUAUUGUACGAAAGAAUCCUUCCCUUUUCAAGAAGUUCUUUAAUUCUGUAAUAACUAGAAUAAAUAAAGUAAUGAAAAAGUGCUUCUGUGACUAGAAAAAAUUGCUUUUGAGAGAAUGUAGAUCAAUGAUACUAUGUUUAAUGUAGCUGCCUCUAAUGGCCUUGACACAUUACAAGCCCAGAAAAAGCUUCAGAAGCAUUUAAAAAAUGCAGAGAAAAGCAAGAUACCUUGAAGAGAUGUUUUUGAUGAAGAAAAGCCUCCAUUUUCAUAAGGAAAAGAAUCAUUUGAUACCAAGGACAUUAAUAGAUCCUAGAAAGAUGCCUUUAUGAAAUACAUAUGUAACAUCAAAAGAAAAAGAAUUAAAUCCUGGAGUACAUUCACAUGACUUUUAAUAAAGUAUACAGACUGUCCAGUA